AUGCCGCAGCUCCUCAGGAUCGGCGUCUCCCAAUCGCACACCCUCUCCAGCUUGCAAGAGACGCUCUCUGCCCUCAAAGAAGCCACUCAACGUGCCGCUCAGAAGGAUAUCUCCGUUCUCCUCUUCCCCGAAGCAUACCUAGGCGGCUACCCACGGACAUGCAACUUCGGCGCAGCGGUAGGCGGUCGCACGGAUUGGGGUCGGGAUCAGUUCCUCGCAUAUACCAAGGGGGCGGUGGAUCUAGGGGAUACGCCGCAGGGAGCUGAGCAAGACUGGAUCGACCGGCGAUUGCCCGUGAACAAAGAAACAGGACGCAGAGGGGACGGGACGAGGGAGUUUCUCGAGGAUGUGGCCAGGGAGACGGGCGUGUUUAUUGUGACGGGACUGAUCGAGAAAGCCGGCGGCAGUCUCUACUGCACGGCAGUGUACGUUGACCCGAAGAGAGGGAUCAUAGGCAAGCGGCGGAAAGUCAUGCCCACUGCCUCUGAACGGCUGGUCUGGGCCCAGGGGUCGCCGUCGACAUUGAAGGCAGUGGCCACCACGAUCAAGGGCGUCCGGGUCGUCAUGGGAUGCGCCAUCUGCUGGGAGAAUUUCAUGCCCUUGUUGCGGUACAGCCUGUACAGCCAGGGAGUGAACCUUUGGCUGGCACCCACGGCGGACGGGCGGGAUACGUGGGAGCCACUUAUGCGGACGAUUGCCGCGGAGGGACGGUGUUUCGUGCUCUCCACGAACCAAUGUAUCAAGCGGAAGAAUUUACCCCAGUGGAUCACGGGGGAUCCGAAGGAGUGGCUGGCAAGUCAAGCGCAAUCGCAACCAGGGGCCGGGGCGUCCAGACCGGCAACGAAGCCAGAAGGAUCACUACUCACGAACGGCACGUCCCCGGAUCGGCAACCCGGCCGUCGGCUCUCGAUAACUCGCACCGAGGAGAACCACUCCAUAGCCUGGCGCUGCAAAGACACGGCCAGUUCUGGGGCUAUUGAGGAAGCAGCAGCAGAAGAAGAAGAAGCAUACAAAGACACCGAAGACACUGGGAAGCCCGCCAAGCUCGGUCGGUCCGCCAUAUCACAACCCCCGCCAACCCAACAGGCCGACGGCGAGGAGUUCCUGUCAAGAGGCGGCGCCUGCAUCGUGGACCCCAUGGGAAAGACCCUGGUCGGACCUGUAUGGGAACACGAAGACGCCCUGCUCUGGCGAGACGUGGACUUUGAGGACUGUGAAAGGGGCCAUCUGGACUUUGAUGUCACGGGGCAUUAUUCGCGGCCUGAUGCCUUUCACUUGACUGUCGAGGGGUUGGAGUUGGUUCCGCCGCCGUGA